CAUAAAAUUAUUAAAAUGUGAUGGUUGUGAGUUCAGUGGCAACGCGUUGCAGGGAUAUGGUGGUGGCGGUACAAUGUGAAAUAUGCUGUCAGUAGUUGGCCGCAUAGUGCUAUUGUUGGUGGAUCUAUACAAAUUAUUCAUUUUUUCGUUAUUUGUAUUAACAUCAUACGAGUGUCUUGUUCCAAAAUUUAGGUGCUUUCCAAAUGUUUUCGCUUUUUAUUUCUUCAGUGUUGGUCACAUAUUUUCGACAGUUGUUUGUUAUUUGCGCUAAAGAGUAAAGUGUCAGACUGAGUUUUCUGCGCUGCAGUGAAACUUUGAUAAACGGUGUGGAGUUGUCGGCAAUCGUGUUGAAUAGUUGAUUAUAUCGAAACGUUUAAUUUGUUGAAAGUGAGAGCUCACUGUCGAAGUUGAAUAAGCAGAUGCCAUGAAUUAAUAGUUACGUUAUGUAAAGAUUGUCAAAUGAGUUCGGGUUAAGUCUUAUUUAGUAAUUGUAUACCAAAUUACUCUUAAGAAUUCCAAAUAUUGUUCUGCCAUGGAAAAUAAGGAAAGUGAGAUUGUGCUUCUUAUUUUACUUGGUUUGCCAGCUAGUGGCAAAACAACGUUAUCAAAAGUGUUGAUGAAGUUGAGUGGCGACGUUAAUGUUUCUGGAUCCGUGGGUGAAAAAAAUCACAGUAUAAUUCAUAUUUGUUAUGAUGCAUUAGUGCCACUACUUUCGCUUGAACAAACUAAGUGGAGUGAAACUCGUAAGAAGGUUGUUGUCGUAGUUGAAAAUAUUAUUUGCCUCCUGAAAACACAGAACUAUUCAGAACUAGACGACUACUUGCAGUGUAUGCAAAUAGAGAAUACCAAAAGGCACAUUUCACAAACUACAAAUGAAACUACAAUCCUUCUCAUAGAUGACAAUAUGUAUUACAGUAGUAUGCGGUAUGAAUAUUUUAAAAUGGCAAGAAAAUAUACAAUAAGUUUUGCAGAAAUCUGUUUACACUGUUCAGCAGAGGUGGCUUGUAGUCGCAACUCUCAGAGAUCAGAUGAUCGUGUGGCACAAGGUACUAUUAUUAGAAUGGCAGGAAAACUGUGCUGCCCCAAUAAGAAAAAUUCGUGGGAGAAAUGGUUCUGUUGUCUCUCUUCAGAAUCGCCAUUUGAUGAAAGAGAUGCUCAAGCUGCAUUCCAGGUUAUAGGGGAUAGCCUUAAGGAACCAGUUUUACCUAUGAAUAAUGAAGAUGAUGAGAAUGCACAUAAAAAAUGUGCUCCUAAUCUCAUUCAUGAAGCUGAUAUCGCUCUGCGGAAAGUUAUAGGUAGUAAAAUAAAGCAACUAUCUGCAAGCACCGCUGCUGCUAAAAAUAAGAAAUCCUUAAUUUUAAAGAAACAGUUACUCCUACAAGAAUUGAAAAGUGGUGUUCUGGAGGUGCCAGAAGUCAUAUAUAAAAUGUUUGAGACCAGAAGUGAUGAACUGCAGGAAGAGUUACAACAGUGGUGGCUAACUUUUUUUAUGAGGAAUGUUUAGGUCCAGUACAGUAAAUGCAACUGUGAGAACUGGCAGAAAGCACUGGAAACACAGGAAUGAUGAUGAAAUGAUGAGGACAACACAAACACCCAGUCAUCUCAAGGCAGGUGCAAAUCCCUGACCCUGCCAAGAAUUGAACCCGGGAUCACGAGCUGCGGACACUUGUGAUUAUAAGACUUUUAUCCAUUGUGGAUGUGGAAACACUGCGACUGUGGUGUGAAAGGUUUUCAGAAAUUACUGCAACCAGUCGCCUUUUAUGUAGAUGUAUUUUAUUUAACCAUGACCGGUUUCGAGCUGCCUAGCAACUCAUCAUCAGAUGUGAAGGUGAAGCUAUCCACUGUUGUGAAGAAGAAUGUUGACUUAAGUGCCAGCAUUGGAACUGGAAUUGUAAAAUGGUGGAAAUGGUAGAGGAGAGAUGCUUUUGGAUAUCUAAACCAUUGGAAGUGUUGGACAGAUGCAUACACAAACACAGAUGUAACAAAUGACAAAAAUUCCAUCUAAGUAUUGAAGAAUGGGUAGCAAUUGCUGGUUUUGCUGUGACUAGCCAACAAGCUGGGCUUUGAUCGGGGGCGAAAACUUGUAUAUACUUUUGAUAGACAAACUAGACUGUGGGUGGAACAUUACAUUAAAAAACAAAUGACCAUUGAAGAAAUUCCUGAACUUCUUGAUUUUGUAAACGAUGGAAAAAUGUCAGAAAUUAAUGAUAUAUCUGACAAUAUUUAUGAACACUUUAUUUUUGUGUAAUAAAGAGAACUAGUGACGAAGCUCAAAAUCUUGAUCAUAUCAGUGUAGUUCACUUGGCAGUGAAGUUCAUUAAGUCCUUUUUGUCCAUCCCUGCAAUAACUACUGCCAGUGUAUCUGAUGUAAAUUUGUCUGUAUCGGGGCCUACUACAACCACAAAUUUACCGAGUAAUUCACCUUCUUUUUGGACAAUAUAUGCACAAAAACGUUUGACAAAAAAAAUCAUACAUAUGAGUGGAAUGCAAGAAAAUAGAUUUUGAACUGCCCAAUAUUUCAUGGUGGAAUUAUCUCCUGCCCACUCCAGCAAAUUUGAAAACUCCUCUCAUGUAUUUCAAAACAUUUGUUACACAUGAUAUUAUAAAAAGAAAUCUGUGUUCAAAGCAACUUGUAAGCUCAUCGAAAAGAUGAAGAGGUACUCAACUGUACACACGUCGAAACUGAACAGCUUAUGGAACUUUUAUUCCAAAUGGGACUGUUAAAAACGCCAGAUAAGAAAUUGCACUGGCUCUGCAGCAUGUAGAUAUCAUCCUACUGCAGAUAUAAUGAAUAUAAAUAGGUUCCAAAAACUUACAAGUAUUUUCAUACAGGGGGUAACACCAACCGAAAGUCAAAAUAUGGUAAACUAUUGGAAAUACGGCCAUUACUUGAUACUCUUCUUCAAGGUAUGAAAGCAAUUUCACUAGAAGAAUAAAAUUCCAUCAACAAACACAGUGUACCUUUCAGAGGCUGCAGUAUAUUAGAAAUAAACCACCCAAAUGGGGAUUCAAGUUUAUCAUGCAAGCUGGUUCAUCUGGAAUUGUGUAUAAUUUUCAUUCUUAUGUGAGCAAAGAUACUUGUGGUGAUUUUGGACUUGGUUUUUCUGCAGACAUAGUAACGACACAUUGAAUUUUUUUUUCUCAAAAGUAUUCUUUAAUAACUGGUUCUCAUCCUUGCAACUGGCAGUAGUAUUAAAAGUUAAAGGUAUACUCUGUAUUCAUACUAUUAGACAGGACAGAAUGGGGUAUUGUCCUUUGGUAAAUGAAAGAGAUCUGAAAGAAGCGGAGCACGGCUGAGAGUUGAAACUAACAAGGGGAGGCCACGAAGUUUGGAAUGCGGACUUACUGCAAAUUUCUUACACUUAUAGUACUCCAUGAGGACAACAAAAUAUGCAACCAGUAGUGCGUACUUCUCAAGCAUUAUUGAGAAAAUCACGAUAUAAUUUCAGUCAACAAGUAUGUACCUGUGCGUGGCCAUUAUUAUCACGAAGCAGGUGCAGCCAAGUGGUUAGUGUCCAAGCCCCGUAAUCAUAGGCCGUUGGUCGCUGGAUUGAGUCCCGGUCAUCACUUUUUUUUCCAACACAGUCAUAUUCUUUACUAUUUAUAUUACAAUUGAUAUAACAGGAAAAAUACGUGUAAUCAGAAGAACUUUUAUUAAAUUUACAAUGUUAUUUGGCAGUCUACAAAGUUUUAUCAUCACAAAUAAUAUAAUAUUCAUAACUACCGACUAGUAAACGACCAACGAGGGGAGGGCCAGGGAAGAAUGGGGAUCAUUUGACGGUUAACUUGCAUAGCGGUGAGACCUUGCUUAUGUAGCAGGAAGAAAUAAUGUACGUGCAAAUUGUUCGUGAAGUGUAAAACCUUACAUCGUGACUAGAAAAAUGGAAGUGGCACCCGGUUCAUCAAGAAAUGCAGACGAGGAAUAUCAUGAAUAUUCAAUCCAUGUGCAGUUGUGAAAUGUCGUUUGAAAGAUGCAUUCUUAUAUUGUGAGAGUCUUCUUCAAGAAGCGGACGUCAUUGAUACAGAAGCAUCAGCAACAAUUUCUGCCGAUGCAAUGGUGAUUGGAUAAGAAGUGUAUCGGGCUACCAUGGAAAUGUUAGGAGGAAAAAUACUCAUCACUGACGAGGACCUUAUUCAUUUUGAUGAAGUAGACAUAGAAGAUCAAUUCCAUGAAGUCGAAGAAAAUUUGUCCAACGAUGAAGAUUAUGAGCCAGCGGAAAAGGCGUCAAAAGGCGAGAUUAUGUUCCGUUGGAGACCAAAAUAAAAGUUGUUAAACUGGAAAAAGAACACCCCAAAUGGAGUCUUUGAACUCUCCAGAUAAAAGGGUCUAGAAGUUUGACAAGAAAAGACGAAUUGAAGAGAUGGGAAGAAAACAUAAAAUCUGGAGGAUCAACGAUCGAUAAAUAUUCGGUAAUUGAACUGUGGACCUAUGACCAUUUCGUGGAGUCUUGCCAAAAUUAUGAGUAAGUAAGUGUUCAUUUUUAUCAUUCUACAUCUAAUUUUCUAUAUCUUCAACAACCUCAUUCGAAGAAAUAAUUAUAUUAAUAAAAUGAAACUUUGAUUUUACUUUUCAGGUAACAACCAGAAACCUACAGCAGCGGGCUUUGGCUGCUGCAGGCCAAUUCCAAUCGGAGAACUUCAUCUUCAAAGCAUCGCUUUCAUGGAUAAAAAAAUUCAAACUACAGCACAGAGUUCGGCAGAGGAAGAUCACACAGAAUGUGAGUUUGAGGGAAUGUGUGUCUGCGGAAGAAAUGCUGGAAGCCAGAAGCUUCGAUUGCAGACAAGGGCAGUCAUCCGGAAUUUCAAAAAAAAUGUUAUCAAUAGAGACCAGACAGGUUGCCAGUACCAGUCCACAUACAACAGAACUCUCGCCGAAAGAAAUUCGAAGACCAUGUUUGUCAGAAGGCGCGAUAUGAAUAAGGUGACGCACUCGUACACGGCACAAUAUGUGAUAACAUUGUGUGGAGAAUUAUUGUCUCACAUGUUUCUUUGUUUGCGAGAAGCCACGGGGAACUUUGGACCAAAGGUUCUGAACACCGUUGACAAAUUAAUGAAAGUUCUUUUGAAUGUCAUCGUAAUGAGUUCAAAAUCCGGGAAACUUACCACGCAAUUAUAUUGUUCAUUUUUAUCUAGCGUUAUGCUUCCCCACACAAAGAAAGAAAAAUUCUUAUUAAUAAUAGAUUCUUGGGGGGAUCAGACAAAUCCUGGUUUGUACGACGAAAUUUUCACCGAUGACGAAGGACUUGGAACAUGUAUCGUUAAAGUCGUACCUCCAAAAUGCACGCCAAUUUACCAUCCGUGCGAUGUUUAUUUCUACAGGCAAUUUAAACAUCUCAUUAAGCGUCUUCAUAAUUGUUCUUAUUUAAUCGAAAGAGAACGAGAAAUUACUACUCAUGAAGAAGCUAUUAAAAUACACUCGAUACUGCAUGAACAAUUAUCAGCCCCUAUAUUUAAGGAAAUGCUGUGUUAUGCAUGGUUUGCUUUCAAAUUAUCGGAUGAAAGAGAGGUUUUUAAAAAUGUUAGUGAGGUUUGUUUUUCGAUGGAAAACCUCAAGAGGCCUUGCAUAUGUGGAAACAUAGCAUUUAUUCAAUGCAGCUGGUGCCGUUUAACUUUGUUUUCCAUGUUUACGAAAAAUACCAUCCUGCAACUUGUAUACGUAAUGUUGAAAGCGAUGAUUAGUUGUACAUUUUUCGAAAGCUGUCUGUGGCAAUCAAAACUUGCAGGUAACAUGUAGUUUCAGGCUCCUUCCAGGUAUAAGGGAUUUCUCAAAUCACAGACAAGCAAACAUUUCAGUAUCACUUUAUGUUUAUAUGGUACGGAGACCUGGACAUUGAGGAAGGAAGAUGAAAGAAGUUUGGAGUCACUAGAGACGUGGUUAUGGAGAAGACUAGAAAAAGUGAAAUGGGAAGACCGAGUAAGGAAUGAAGAAGUAUUAAGAAGGGUUGGAGAAGAAAGAAACAUGCUGAAAGUCAUCAGAAAGAGAAAACAGAACUGGAUUGGACAUUGUUUGAGGAGGGACUGUUUAUUGAAGGCAGGAAUAGAAGGAAUGGUAGAGGGAAAAAGGGGAAGAGGAAGAAGAAGAUAUCAAAUGCUGGACAAUAUCAAAGGAGACAAAUAUUCAGAAAUGAAAAGACUGGCUAUGGACAGACAAAAGUGGAAGAGGCUUAACCCAUGACAAGACAUACCGUAAGGCAGAAUACCAUACUACUACUACUACUACUAAUGCGUUUGGUUGUUUACUAGUCAGUAGUUAUGAAUGUUAUAUUAUUUGUGAUAAAAAAAAACUUUGUAGACUGUCAAUAAUAUUGUAAAUUUAAUGAAAGUUCACCUGAUUACACAUAUUUUGCCCAUUAUAUCAUUUGUAAUGUAAAUAAUAAAGAAUAUGACUGUGUUGCGAAUAAUAAAGAAUAUGACUGU